GUUGGCAAGAAAAGAUAGUAUCAGGCUGCCUGCCCUCACAUCCAACACGGGAGAAAGGGAGAGAGAGAACGCUUAAAUAGCGCAACGGCAGACGGGCAGAGUCCGACGAUCCGUCAUUCAUGCAACAAGCUCGUUAGCCAUCACGCAUUCACUCAGCAGACAUGCCAGCUCCAUCCUCAGCGCCCGCCUGGCGGACAUGCCAGUGACGCCGGCCACCACGCACACACAAACUCGCACCACGCGCCAAUGCAACAGACAGACGAGCACGCACCCACCCCAUCACCUGGCUAUAUGACUUGUCUUUCCAGCCAGCUUUCGUACGCAACUGCUCAACCAAGCGGCUAAAGGAACCAUUGGCCUGUCUCUCCCACACCCCAUCCACCGUGACGCACAAAGGGUGAAGUGAAUGGACCGGUCCUCGACGACGCGCAAGUAGUCGGCCCUCUCGCGUCUGGCUGCCGAGGCGAGGACAGAGGCGGUCGACUGGUUGGGUUGCGGUAGGAGGGCGCGUCAGCGUUUGUCACGCAAAGGUCAAACGACGCGUCCUUUUGCCGCUCCCACACCCCUCGCACCACCAUGUCGGCCAGCACCCCUUCUGCCCCGUCCCCUCCUCCUCGGGCUCCACGAUCCACACCUCCUUCCUGACCGCCGACUCCCCCCACGCCAUGGCGGACAGGUCGCACAAAACGUCCAGCACCUCGUUGUGACGCCGAACCACCAACCCACCCACCGCGCAGUUGAGGGCGUGGUCGAGCGAGUUGGUGGCCCCGCAGGCGUUGCAGUGGGAAUCCAUCUUGAGAGGCUCGUAGCCGUAGCGGACGGCCAUAUUGUCGCGGAACUCAGCGCGUGUCAGGUCGGUGUGGUCCUCGACAUUGGGCCGACACGUCAGCCAGCCCGCUGUCUUGGUCUCGAUGGCUCGACGGAUCGUUCGUCGGCGCCCAGGGGGCAGCUGCUCACACACGGGAGAAAGAGGCUGACGUCAAAGGGAGGACAAUAUAUUCGCAAAGGAAUGACCGUCCUCCGAGGAUAUGAGGGGUUGCGAGUAUACUUGAUUAAUUCAUGUGCGGGGUGCACAUUCUCACAAAGCAUGCCACAGAGGCAUCAGCAUCCGAUGACAGCAAGAGUCAAGGCGAAUUGCGCACUACUUAUCUAGUUCUUCACUAAGUACCUUGUCC